AGGACAAAGAAAGAAAGCAAUAUUCGAUCGUACUAUUGAAUUAUUACAAAUCACGUAUAAUAGUGAUUUACCACAUGAAUAUCAAGCGAUAGAGGAAAGUGAUGAGGAUGAAGCCGAAGAGUAUACUGAAAGUACCGAAGCUGGAAAUGAAACGACCGAAUUAGUCGUAUCACAGCCAAGAGAAAUCGAU